GCGCGGCAGCGGCAGCGGAGGCCUUUUGGUUCUGCAGCACGUGACGGUCGGGCCGCCUCCGCCGCUGUCUUCACUGCAGCGCGGGGCCAGGUGUGCGGGUGGGAGAAGGCGCAGGCACUGCCGGUGGUCCCCGGGAGGCUCGAGAUCAUGGAAGGGAAGUGGUUAUUAUGUAUGUUUCUGGUCCUUGGAGCUACUGUUGUUCAGGCUCAUGAUGGGCAUGAAGAUGAUAUGAUUGAUAUUGAGGAUGACCUUGAUGAUGUCAUUGAAGAGGUAGAAGACUCAAAAUCAGAUACCAGUAUGCCUCCAUCUCCAAAGGUCACCUACAAAGCUCCAGUUCCAACAGGAGAAGUUUAUUUUGCUGAUUCCUUUGACAGAGGCUCUCUGUCAGGGUGGAUAUUAUCCAAAGCCAAGAAAGAUGACACUGAUGAUGAAAUUGCCAAAUAUGAUGGAAAGUGGGAGGUAGAUGAAAUGAAGGAAACAAAGCUUCCGGGUGAUAAAGGACUUGUAUUGAUGUCUCGAGCCAAGCACCAUGCCAUCUCUGCUAAAUUGAGCAAACCCUUCCUAUUUGAUACCAAGCCUCUCAUUGUUCAGUAUGAGGUUAAUUUCCAAAAUGGAAUAGAAUGUGGAGGUGCUUAUGUGAAACUGCUUUCCAAAACACCAGAACUCAACUUGGAUCAGUUCCACGACAAGACCCCCUAUACAAUUAUGUUUGGUCCAGAUAAAUGUGGAGAGGAUUAUAAAUUACACUUCAUCUUUCGCCACAAAAACCCUAAGACGGGUGUAUAUGAAGAAAAGCACGCUAAGAGACCAGAUGCAGAUCUGAAGACCUAUUUUACUGAUAAGAAAACACAUCUUUAUACAUUAAUCUUGAAUCCAGAUAAUAGUUUUGAAAUACUAGUUGAUCAGUCUGUUGUGAAUAGUGGAAAUCUGCUGAAUGACAUGACUCCGUCUGUAAAUCCUUCACGAGAAAUUGAGGACCCAGAAGACCGGAAACCUGAGGACUGGGAUGAAAGACCCAAAAUCCCAGAUCCUGAUGCUGUGAAGCCAGAUGACUGGGAUGAAGAUGCCCCUGCUAAAAUACCAGAUGAAGAGGCCACAAAACCUGAAGGGUGGUUAGAUGAUGAGCCUGAAUAUAUACCUGAUCCAGAUGCAGAGAAACCAGAGGAUUGGGAUGAGGACAUGGAUGGAGAAUGGGAGGCUCCUCAGAUUGCCAACCCUAAAUGUGAGUCGGCCUCUGGGUGUGGUGUCUGGCAGCGACCAAUGAUUGACAACCCCAAUUAUAAGGGCAAAUGGAAGCCUCCCAUGAUUGAUAAUCCUAACUACCAGGGAAUCUGGAAACCUCGGAAAAUACCAAAUCCUGAUUUCUUUGAAGAUCUGGAGCCUUUCAAAAUGACUCCUUUUAGUGCUAUUGGUUUGGAGCUGUGGUCCAUGACUUCUGACAUUUUUUUUGACAACUUCAUCAUUAGUGGGGAUCGAAGAGUAGUUGAUGAUUGGGCCAAUGAUGGAUGGGGCCUGAAGAAAGCAGCCGACGGAGCUGCUGAGCCAGGUGUAGUGGGGCAGAUGCUUGAGGCAGCUGAGGAGCGCCCAUGGCUCUGGGUGGUCUACAUUUUGACUGUAGCUCUUCCUGUGUUCCUUGUCAUCCUCUUCUGCUGUUCUGGAAAGAAACAGUCCAGUGCUAUGGAGUACAAGAAGACUGAUGCUCCUCAACCAGAUGUGAAAGAAGAAGAGAAGGAGGAGGAGAAGGAAAAAGGAGAUGAAGAGGAGGAAGGUGAAGAGAAACUUGAAGAAAAACAAAAAAGUGAUGCUGAAGAAGAUGGGGGCACUGUCAGUCAAGAGGAGGAAGAUAGAAAACCUAAAGCAGAGGUAAAAGAGGAUGAAAUUUUGAACAGAUCGCCAAGAAACAGAAAGCCACGAAGAGAGUGAACCAAUCUUAAGAACUUGAUAUGUGAUUUUUCUCUCCCUCCCCUUCCCUUGCAAGUGUGGUCCUAGGAGAGGACCUGGCAUACCUUAGGUUGAAACUCAGAAAACCUCAAGACAUCACCAUCAACAGGUUCCAACCGAACACUAGUUCAUGUAAUUUUAAACAUCUAGCAGUAAAUACUUGCAGUUGUGACAUAAAGGACCCUGUUUCUGUAGAAAAGAAAACAUUUAACAUAAUGGUUGUGAAAUGUAACAUGAAGCAACUAACUUGUAUUUUUUUGUUUGUUUUGUUUUAAAACAGCUUUUUAAAAAUAGAAUGAUAGAACUUUGUCAGUCUAAAAUGUUGGCUUAAUUUAAUAUAUUAAUUUGUCCAUUUAGAAAUAACACCAACAUUUAGAAAUGCUAUGGGGAUGGAUUGCAUUUUUUUGUAACAAAAAAAUUUUUUUUUUAAAGUUUGGUAUUAUAAAACAUUCAAGUGUCUCUGUCCCUUAAAAUUGAUAAUCAUGUUUGAAGUGCAGUCAUUUGUGGUUAUAAUUUUGUUUUGCUUGCUUCCAUUACUUAAUUCCUCCUAAGGAAAUUGAAGAGAGGGAUUGGAUGGAAGCCCAAAUUUAUAUAAAGAUUCCAUUUAAGUUGUAUUAAAAAUAGUCAUACAAAAAAAAAAAAAAAAAAAAAAAAAGCCUUUCACUUGAUGUUGGGUAGACCAUAAAGUGCAUGUGUUCUGUUGCCCUUGGAACUGCUCAGUUCCCAGACAGCUUUGCAGUUAGUGGAGGAGGUGGCUUAAAUGCAACACUUGGGCAUUCGUACUGCACACACAGGGAGUCUCUGGGCUCCUGCCUUUUGGAGCAGGUGGCUUUUAAGGAACUCUGGCAGGGUAUGUGGGCUCCAAAGUAGAUGUUUCCAUCACUUGUUCCACUGUGUUGACACUGUUUUCCUUACCUAUUUCCCCUAAUUCCCAGCUUUCUCCUCUGCUAUGCAGUUUCUUCACAGAGCAGCUUGCAGUCCGUUGCUGAAAAUUAUUAUAAAGCUCUGCAUAGUGUUAAGCUUUAUUGUGAUUAAGUGUAUGUUUUUUUUUUUUUUUUUUUUUAAUGUAAGCAGACCCACACCUUUCCAGGGUCAAAGUACAGGAUAGAAUACAAACUUAUUUUUAUCCAUGUCUUUUACUCUGUGUAAAGAUUUUAAAAGUCAAAUCCAAAGGCAGGCCAACACCGAAUUGAGUGUAAUUUGAACACAGGCUAAAAGUAUUUAUGGGAGGAGUGAUAUAUAGCAUGAGUUACCUGAUUUUUGUGGAAUAUUUUAAGUUUUCAUUUUCAAUUCAUGUAACGGUUGUCUUACAUUACAUAAUAAAACAGCCCUGUUCAAUUUUUUUUUUUUUAAUGUGGCUUGAAGAAUUUUUUUCAAAAGUGAAUUUAGGUGUUUUUUUUUUCCAUGUGGAAUGCAGAUGGGUGCUAUCAGAGCCUCUCCCCCAUCACUAUGGUACAAUAAUAUCACCAUUACACCACACUGAAAUGUAUUCAGAAAGAUGUUUCAGCUUUAUUCUUCAGAGGUGUUUCAGUCAUACUGAUGAUACUGUUCUUUGCACUGAAUAUAUAAACACUAUAUAAACACUCCACAGUGUUUAUAUUAGGGAGAUGUUGGGGAGGAACUAUAUUUGUAAAAGAGGAAGGUUGUAUCCAUUUACUUUAUCCCCCACUCCCCAUAUACACAGUGAUUCACUUAAAUUCUUUUGAGGGUGGGAUGCAUUUUUCUUCCUGUUGAGUGCUUUACCUUCUUAUCUGUUGUUCUUUGGUCACGGUGACCUUAGCUAUGUAGCAGACUUUCCCAAAUGUAUUGAGUUCAAAUAAACAGUUACUUAGCAAGACCUGAAAAUAUGUCUGCAGAUUUCUCCUUGCAGUAAAUGUGUGGGGAUCAUUGGAUUUCCAGAAAUCUGCCACCUUCAUUCUCUAUUGACAUUGUAUUUCAUGCCUACUUCCUUCUUCCCACUGAGCUAAAAAAUGACAGGUUUAAAUCGUUAGUGUUGAUUGCCAUUACAGGAUUAUUCAGCAAAAUUUCUUCAAAAUUCCUUUUGUCUCCCCCCCGCCCCCCUUCAGUUUUUGAAGGUGCAGCUUCCUGGUUGAAUGUCUGGCACAUUAAUGAAUGGCCAACAGUUUUCAGCUCUUAAAAAGGCACUUAUAUUUGGAUUUUCUGGUUACCUGUCCCAUUGUUGUAAACUGCCCACUCUAUCAGAUGUAUUCCUCCAUUUUUCUUAUCCACAAAGUACUCUUCACCUUUUUCAAACUGUCAUGUUACUAAAUGGUGUUACAUUAAAGUCCCUGUGUUAAGUGUC